AUGUCCGGUAGCAGGUCAGGAUUGGUCGGACGUGGGCCCGCCGCGGUCCCGUCGCGGGGCGUGAAAAGCGAGUACAUGAAGCGCUUCAAGGAGCCGAAGUGGGAGGCUUGCGGCCCCUGCUACCAGGAGCUGCUGCGCUACCGCCUGAGCCGUCGCCUCUUGGAACAAGCGCACCGGCCCUGGUUUUGGGAUGGCUGGGAGCAGGACAGCAGCCUGAGUGGCAGCGGCAGCAGCAGCGGCGGCGGCGGCCGCGGCUCCCCCUCACCACCGGGCACUUUGAUCCCCUCGACGGCCCAGCAGCGCGAGGAAGAAGCGGCGGGAGCGGAAGCAGCUAGCGAGCCUGCUCUCGGCAGGACCGGAGACGUCUCGAGGGAGGCUGCAGCACGCAGCUCGGCGGAACAGCUGCAUGGCUCCGAGGAAGAAGACCACGAAAAAACGGACAAGAAGGGUAAAGUAGAGAGAGAUGAAACAAAGUCUGCAGAGAAAGGAACCAGCAAUGCGGUCGGUCAUCAGCGAGAGCCGCCUUUGAAUCGCACUGCCUCGGGCACCCAAGGUGAAAGGAGACGAGCGAAGAGUCCUCAAAGGACAGACCUGUCAAAGGGGUUGAAACACCCAUUUGCCCUGUAUGGCUGGGGAGAAAAACAGACUGAUACAGGCAGCCAGAAAACACAUAAUGUCUGUGCAUCUGCCUCAGUGAAUGAAAUUCAUGAGUCUGCAAUAAGAGCAAAGAACAGGAGGCAAAUGGAAAAAAGGAAGCUGGCACAGAGACGGAUUCACACAGCAGAAGUAGAGAGAAGCUGGAAAGCAAAGCCUUCUGGUCCAGACAACCCCUGGAUGACUGAAUAUAUGAGGUGUUAUUCAGCACGAGCUCGGUGAUUCAAAACUUGAUUGGACUUGCCUUUUUUAAAUUCAGAAAUGAUGUUGGAAAACAACUGGGACAUUGGAGUGAAACUUCAAAUUACUUAUGCAAAAUUUUUACAAAAGGAUUUUUCCAGCUAUUUAUUACACUUAUUUCUAUUUUGGCUACUUAUUGCCGCAGCCGAGGGAACAAUUGGGGUCAUGCUGUUGGGAACUAGAUUUGCCUGUAUAGUUUCUGUACACCUUCUUUAGGAAUAGCCAUGUUGAGAGAUUUCUGUUGAAAAGCUAAGAGCUUUUCAGCUGAAAAGCUGUUAGAAGGUUGUACAGAAGGAGCCUUUUCUCUAAAAACCCCCAAAGGUUUCUUGGCAGAAAUUUAGUCCCUCCUUGAUAACUAAAUUUGAUGUGACCAGCAGGGCAUUGGUUGCCCUUAAGAUGGAUUGAGAGUUAGUUAAAUCUAGUCUAAACUUUUCUAUAUUGAGGUCCAUGAAACCUUACAAAUCGGGUUGCUGUAAAAAUCCUUUACGGAAGGAUGUAGGUGCCAUUCUGAUUUUAUCUUGCAUCGGGUCUGCACAACUUGUGAUCUAUCAAGCCAAAUGCCCCUUACCAAACCUUUAUGGAGGCUCACUGUGGGUUAAAUAAACCACCUGCCUUUUUUUCUUCCUGUGAUUGCAAAACCAGUGGGUUGCCACCUGCUUGGCAUUGCAGGUCAGUAGCUGUGCAGGUCCGGUGUGCCUAAAUACAGAGGCAUUUGCACAUCUAUCUGUAAAGGAAGAUGUAGCUGGAAUCUUUAGGGGCAAUUUUAGAACUCUAAAAAUUCUCCCCAACUUUUGGUAAAUUUUUAUAGUGACUUGUUCCAGAUUGCAUUCCAGUUGUGGAUUUUCUGGCCAUCUGGAAUGGAAGAUUUUGGUGCAAUAGAUUAGUAAUGUGUUUCAAUUGUAUUUUUAAACACUGUUAAUUUGCUCUUAUGAACUCAUACCAAAUAAUGGAUAUAGACAAUCAUUAACUAGUGGAGUUUUGCUUUGUACUUUGCAGUAAGUAAUAUGGACUUGAUGCAGCUGAACUGGGAAUGGAAUUUUCUUUCCAUGUUUCAUCUGGGUAAACCAAAAUAAGUUUUGUAAACAGCUUUGUUAGAUAAACUUCUGCAUAGUGAAAUUUUACGAAUGUUUGUACACUGAAUCCUUUCAGUCUUCUACAAGUUUGAUCAAGCUAGUGUACAUUCCAUAAAGUAUGUUCAGGACUCAGGUCGAUAGGGCAAAUGUUGCUAUAUUUCUUGAGUGUGUAAGAUGUCCAUGCCCAUCUCGCCCUCCACCCAAGUGAGUUUGUGUAAUUCAGUGGAAGAAGCCAUUGGCAAUCAGAACUAAACAAGCUGGUUACAGUUAAAGAAUUUGUAUCACAUAUUGUGAGACUGCUGCCCCUUUUAAUGUCAAGCUUUGAACUGGUGGUUAUCAGGGUGCCUAAACAACUUUUUGGCUACAUUAAUUGCCUCCUUGGUGUUGGUUUCAGUAAUGACAUGCUUGUGAGUAACCUCUGUGCAGCUGCAUUCAUCUCCAUCAUUAAAUUUUCAGUAACUCUUGCGAAACAGUUACAAGAUGGAAUGUAGCCUUUCCUUCUGAAGGGCAUACCAGAUACUAUCAAACUGCAGUUAACCAGUGUCAGCUUGUGUCUUUUAGCCUUGUGGUAAGUGGUUUUUAGCCCUGCAUUGAUUUCAGCUUUCAGUUUUUCCUACUAACUAUAAAUGCUUUUUACUUGUGCUUUUUGCUGGCGUUCUAGUCCCUUGUUUCCUUAGCUUUUCAUGUUCCUUGCUCUAAGUUUACAGCAUUAAGGAACGUUAAUCGUACAUGGCUUUAACUCAGGGGAGAGCAACUUGUGGCCAGGCAUUUUGGCUUACAGCUCCCAUUGUCCCUUAUCCUUGUUUAUGUCAGCUAGGGCUGAUGGGAGCUGUGGCUCAUUUCUACUUAGAGGAUGGAUAAUUCCUUUUAUUUUUGGUAUUUACAAAGAAGUGCAACCAUCUAUGUAACCAAAACUGCAUAAUCUCCUAAUGCAUGGGUGAUUUGCAAUAUUCUCUGAAGUCAAAACUCAGUGAAAACUCUUCAGUAGUCAUGUAAUGGUGACUGGGCAGGGAAAGAAUGGAUUAACUUCUCAGAAUGCAGCAGUUACAAGUCUUAGCUAAAUUAUUGUUUAGGAUUGCUUACUGGAUGGAGGAUGUGUGUGCUAUCCAAAUUAAAUCUAGAGACAUUGCUGUUGUAUGUCCUGCCCACCUCAGCUCCAUGGAAGUUUCCUGACUGCUGUAUUGGAGGAUCCUUUUGUAUUGACUGUAGUAUUGGAGGAUCCAAAUUCUACAUCUGUUGUCUUCAGCAAAUUCUUUCAUAUGUUUGGAGAGGAGUAACAGGUAAGAUUUUAAAAAAGUGAUCUAUAUUUCUGCUAACAUGCAUAGGAGCACGUAAGUAUUUUUUCUCCCUUUGCAUAUGAAACACUUGCUUAUGUGUUUGAAUGGGCAAAGAGGUUCUUAAAGAAAGCAUAUCUAACUUUCACUGAUACUUUUCUCCCCUCAUCAGUCCCACCCCAGUUGGGCAGUGUGGUAUUGGAGAUGGAGCAUCCUAAUUAAUGACAAAAUUAGCAGGCAAUGGGAAGAACCAUCCUAACAGCCAUCUCUAGAUGGGUGUUUGCCCCAUCUAGAGAGGUGGUUGCUAAAAGAGUAGCAAAAAUCUUACAUUUUGAAUUGUUUCAACUUUCCAAUUAUGGGAAUAUUUUUGUUUAAAUCAAACUUAAAAUAAGGAUACUGUCAUGAAUAACAAUACUUUUUAAUGGUCUCUCUCUCCUUGUCUACACUUCAGGAGAGUUGUAUUAUACAUUUGUCAUUCCUCUCUCUUUGCUAAAUCUGACAAAUAGCUUAGUGUACAAUGCAUGAAACACUGAAAUGCAAAUGACAGUUCCAGUAGUCAAAGAAUGUAUCCUGCGAUUCAAAUUUGGCAUAUAGUUUAUCAAAUUCAUGUACUGAUGUUCAAGCAUUGUAGGGCAACAUUGUGCAAUACAGAACUAUGCUUUUGUAGGUGUGCUUGACAUGUGUUCCUCAUGCCACAAUCAAGUAACUUUAGUAGCAACUGUUAGUAGUGAAGGCACUGAUUUCUUAAUUUCCCUGGCUGAUUGUUAUAUUGGGAUCUGUCACCCCCCCCCCAUUUUUCUUGAAACCCCUUGGUUGGGGAGGGGAAGCUUUUAAAACUGUUUGAGCCCCCUUACCUAUUGCCAGUCAACACCUUGCUGAUAUAUAGGUAAGGAUGUAUGGCCCAGGGCACUACUCCAACACAGGCACUGAGGGGAUCAAACUCAAGUAACUUAGCUCUGCUCUGAAAUGGGCAAUUAUGAAGAAGAGAUAAUGUGACCAGGUGUUCUCUCCUGGUCCCUGUCCUCUGCACCUUUGUGGCAGGUACAGCAGUCCUGGUGCUUGUUCUGCUGAACCUCUGCUCCUUUGUGGAAUAAUGGCUGUGGUUCAAACUGCUGCAGGAUUUUCCAACCUGCAUGCUCCCUCUUUUCCCAUCAGCUGCCAUGCACUUGUUGGGGUAUUUGCCCCACUUGUUAAGAACCACUAAUUUUAAGCAAUAGAUACAAUUCACUUUAAUCUACUGAGAAUUAUAUCCAUACCAAACUGGCACUAUAAGAUGGCUUCCAGGUGCUUCCAUCUGUACACACAAAGUACUAUGCGGGUUACACCAUGGUUAAGGCAGAGCAUACAAAUAUCUACUAGCUUGUGUUAGUAGGACACAUGUUUACAUUCCUCCCUACAUGCUAGGUUAAGAGUUGGGGUUAGCUGAACCAAGAUGUUGGUGUGCUACCUUGAAAUAUAUAUUUGUAAUAGGGUAGUGACUGUACCAAGCUAGACUGACUUCUUUGAACCGGGCUGUUUAGGCCUAGGUACUUGUGACCAAGAGACAACUGCCAGCAAAGCCAUGAACUUGGUCAAUCUCUGCACCAACAUAUUGCCCUGUAAGGAAAAGGGGUUGAAAUCAGAGGAACAGGGAAGCUGCCUCACUCAGCAGCUGAGCACUGAAAUCACUUUAGAGCAAAGCUUGGACAAAAUUAAGCUUGAAGCAAUAUGUGACUUAGAAUGUUUUUUGACUAGUAUUUGUUUUUUCUAUUUUUUGUGUUAUUUCUAUUUAAUUGUACUUGCCCUCAAUUUGUAUAUGUGAAUAAAACUGAUUAAAAAAACA